UGCGCGGCGCUGAGGGCGGCGGGAUGGCGCUGUGGCGGGGGCUGCGCUGCUGCCGCCGCGCCUUCGCCUGGCUGCCCGUGCUGCUCAUCGCGCUGCUCCUGCUCUGGUCCUACUACGGAUACGUCUGCGAGCUCUGCCUCGUGACUGUGAGCAACCCUGUGGAGAAAGUGGCCUAUCUUGUAGUAUUCCAUAUUCUCUUUGUGCUCUUUGUGUGGACAUAUUGGAAGUCUGUUUUCACUCUCCCAAUACAACCAGGCAAAAAGUUCCACAUGUCCUACGCUGACCAGGAGCGCUAUGAGAACGAGGAGAGGCCCGAGGUGCAGCGGCAGAUCCUCGCCGAGAUCGCCAGGAAGCUGCCGGUGUACACGAGGACAGGGAAUGGAGGGAUUCGCUUCUGUGACAGAUGCCAGCUGAUCAAACCUGAUCGUUGUCACCAUUGCUCUGUUUGUGCCAUGUGUGUGCUAAAAAUGGAUCAUCACUGUCCAUGGGUGAAUAACUGCAUUGGAUUUUCUAACUACAAAUUCUUUCUACUGUUCUUAGCCUAUUCUUUGUUGUAUUGCUUGUAUAUUGCUGCAACAGUCUUCAAGUAUUUCAUUAAGUAUUGGACAGGUGAGCUGACUAAUGGUCGUUCCAAAUUUCACAUCCUUUUCCUUCUCUUCGUGGCAAUCAUGUUCUUUGUAAGCCUCAUGUUUCUGUUUGGCUACCACUGCUGGCUGGUCAGCAGGAACAGAUCCACUCUAGAGGCUUUCUCAGCUCCAGUGUUUCAAAAUGGCCCAGAUAAAAAUGGAUUCAAUCUUGGCUUUGUGAAGAAUCUCCAGCAAGUGUUUGGGGAAGAAAAAAAGCUCUGGCUGCUGCCUAUUGCCUCUAGCCAGGGGGAUGGACAUUUUUUCCCAAUGAGAGCCUUGAGUGAAGCUCGGAACCCUCUCCUGAUAAAUGAGGAGCAGUGGGAAGAGGAUGGAAUAGAUGAAGAGCCUCAGGGCUCUGGUGAAGCCUCAUCCCUUGCCAUAGAAAGGGAGACAUAGCAGUGUGAAAGCACAGUGGUGUAAAGCUGGAUCAGAAAGCUUCCCUCUCAGGAGCCAACAUCCCUUCUCUUGGCAAGGACUUCAGUUUUGAGGGUCAGAAAACAGGUGGAUCUUCAAGAUGAAAAAACAUCCUGAAGUAUUGUCUGAUGGGAAUCUGCAUUCUAGAGUGCUUCUCCAGGAAUCCUGCUGUCCAGAUGUCCCAAGGCUUUCUAAGUUUAAGUUACAGACUUAACAGAACAAUUUUACAGAGUGAUUCUGGCCAAUCUUCUUUGGCCUGCUCUCUUUAUUUUAUAAAUACUAUAUAUUUUUUAUUCAGAACAGGUAAAAAUGUUGAUGCGAGUGCAUUUCCAAAGGCCUUUUCAUUUUGCAAACAUCAGGGACUCGAGCUCUUGAAAUUCUUCCAAGCCAUAAUAUUCUUGGGGAUGGUUAUUUAUUUUGAGGCUGAUUCUCCAACCUUCUCUGACAAGUGACAUUUUCUAAUGUGUUUAAAUUCUAAGUCAGUUCAGCUCAAUGCAAGACAGACCCAGUUAAAUCUGGCACUAAAUUGGUAGCUGAAUGUAAGAAUAUUGAAAGCAAAAGCGCUGAACAUGCACAGGUACAUGUGCAGCUGUGAAUGAAAAUAAAAUAUUCACAUUGCCAGUAUCAAGAUUCAAGAAUAUUGUGGCCAUAGAUUUUUUAAAACUGUUUUUAGGAGGGUGUUAUUGUCUUAGAGUUUGGGUAAUAGUGCUUUUGCAUCCUAAUUGCAGGCUCCUAAAAUGCAAAAGGGAACUUCAGACAGUCCAAUUUGCAUUAAUUCCUAGGGCUAAAAUGUCAUUUCAUUCCUGGAUCAGUGUUUGAUGGAGAUUUGUGUGUUCAUGGAGUCAGAAAGGAAGAUGUGAGUUUGAAAUGUGCACUGAAAGUGUGGCUCCAUGAGUCGUGUUUGGAGUUUACACUCCUCAGGGGUGGUUUGAACCCCAAAAUGUUGAAGACACAAUGGAUAUAUUGAAUUUUAUCAGACUUCCCAGCUCAGUGCACUGACUGGCUUCAGGGGUUUCUGCACUAAGAGGUGAUCAGAUUUGUUUCUGCAUUUUGCUGCAUUUACAGUCAAAGAGGUGGAUCCCUGUUUUUGUUCUGGGGAAUAGAACUGAGACUUGGCUGGCUGGAUUAUGGACAUUUUUCUAGACCUGAGUCCUUUUUUUUAUUUGCAUGAUUCAGCCCAGUCCAUCAUUCUUGUUUGAAUUAGGUGCAUGCUCAAAGUAUUGGUGUACUGCCUCUAAGAUCAUUUAGUACCAUUUUCUAUCCCAUUUUUGUGUUUAACAGCCCACUGAUGUUGGCAGUGGCUACAGGAGCAGGAGCUGCUGAGUGAGUUUGGUGAUGGAGGCUUUGCUUGCAGACUAAACCCCUUUUUCCUCUGUUCCUUUGCUGCUGCUGCUGCCACAGGGAAUGUGUUUGUGAGCCAGGAGAGCCUUGCAGAGGUUCCUUCCCUAAGAAAAGGUGUUUAACUCCUGGUUGAUCCACGCCCUAUGGGUGGGAAUUUUGUCCUCAGCCUCUGCAGUUUGUGUGGAGCAGGCAGUGCUGACCUCUCUGCGAUGUCUCACUGCUGAAUUUGGUUGUGAGGGACCAAGGUGGGCUGGCCCAGGCUUGUGUGGCUUUGUGUCUCUCCUCAGGGUGGCCCUGAGCACUGAAAAUGUUCCUGCUUCAGCCACCUGAGCCCCAUCUGUUGAGUGGGUUUGUCACCAAACUGCUGCUGAGUGCUGGAAGGGUUUUUCCUGUCAAUCUGAAGCUGCAUUUCUGAUGUGAAUCUGGUGUUGGACCUUGUGCUGUGUGUGAUGCAAUGUGGCAGCUGAAUUAAUCCCCUCAUUCCUGGCAAAAUGUGCUCUGGAGAGGGAGCUUGAGAGGAUGAUGGCAGCUAAACACAGCCAGAAUUUAGCACCUACAGAGGUGCUAUUUGUGCCUUUAAAAACUUUAAAUUCCUUGUAUAUAAAACCAGGAAGAUGAUUUGGUGACUUGGUUUCAUCCUGUCAGCUGAAGUGUAUUUUUCCAGAGGUUGUGUGGAUUUCUGAGCAGUUUCUUGUGCCCUUCUUGGGCUUGGUUCUGGUUCCAGCCCUGCCAUUAUUUGAGUUGUUUGUGUGCCAGGCAGCAGCAGCAGAGCUGUGCAGGAGCUCCCCUGCCUGUUCCUGCUGCUGCACUGCUCAUUAGGGAGUACAGAAAAUCAGACUUUGUCUUCUAAUACUAAGCCAGAUAUCUUCAUGAUGGUACAGGUACCAAGCUCAGUUUAAGAAAGGUUUUUAAAUGUUUCCAAGUAACUUUUAUUGAGUCACUUUUCUUGUAAUUAAUUAAGGUCAUCUCUUCCCUUUCCCAACUAAAAGCCUCCCACGGUUGCAACAAACUCUUGUCCGGGUGGAAACAAUACAGAGUUUAUCACUUCAGAGCCACUUCUCAAUAUCCACACAUCAGAUGCUGGAAAGCUUCAUGGAAUGUGAAACAAACCCAAAAGUUGUGUAAAAUGAGGUAAAACAGAAUGGGGAAAACCCUCAAGUCUGAGUGAGCAGCUCCAUUUUGUUCCCUUCUGCCUACUUAAGGUGAUAUCCUUAUUUUACUCCUGGCCUUUGUGCUUUUUAUGCUUUUUUAAAUGCACUGGAAGAGAGAAGUUCCUCAGGCUGACGUGGUCACUGCUGCAGGUGACAAGAGAGAGAAUAUUCAGCCCAGUGUGUGGUAGUUUCUUUUAACCUGCAAAUGGCUCUUCAGGGGUAACCCACUGCAGCACCUCCUUCAUUUUCCAUGCCCUGAUCCUCAUCCAGAGGCUCUCCACCAUCAUCACUGACUGUAAGGGCUGUAUCAUCAAACCUCUCCCCUACCUGCCCUCCAUCCCAGCAUUCCAGGAGUGGGAUUCAUCCCACCAAGUCCCAUCAACACCAAGGGUACUGCAGCUCUGGGAGCUGCCCAGCGAUUCCAGUUCAUCCUGUGCUGGUGUCCCAGCACUCCAGGUACACCCUGAGCCCUCCAUGUGCCAGCAGCAGCCACCAGUGUUCACUGUCACUCUCUGGGUGUGUGCUGGAGAUGCAGCUCCAGUCAGAGAACCUGGAGAAUUGUAAAGGUUUGAGUCAAUUCUGGUGCUGCUGUCAGUUGUGUGCCUGAAGGUGUUCCACUCCAGCCUGGGAAGUGUCUCAACCCCCUCCAGGGGCUGUUUGCUCUGCUUAGCAUUGGAGUUGCACUACAGCUUUCUCAGCUAUGAACAGCUUUUCCAAGUGAUGUCACCACAGGAAAGGAGGGAAUGCUUUUAUUGGACUUUACUGUGAGGCCUCCAUUGUUAUCCCUCUACUCCUGGAUUCAUCCUCUAAAAUAACUGACCACUGACCUCACCUCCUCACCUCUCUCUCCCCCUUCUCUCCCAUUUACAUUCAGGUACAAAAACCCAGACAGAGCAUCACAUUGAUGUUUCUCUGUGUGGAGUUGUCCUAAGUCCAGUCCUGGGCCAGCAAGUCCUGCCCAAGGCACCAGGACUUGUGCAGUCCUCACUGCACUGCCAGGUUUCUCUUGCUGAGCUGGAAGAUUUUGAAGUAGGAUAAUCUUGUUUUCCUCCAAGCAGGGAGCAGUUCUGUGUCUGAGGAGGCUGUAUCCAGUGUGUGGGGUGCAGUCACUGGUGAGAAUCAGGAAGAUUCCAAACCAUGCUAUGCAAUGAAUGUUUGCUUCCUGGGACAAACAGGAAUGGAUUCAGCAAAAUCCACACCAGCUGCAGCUCUGUAGUUCUAGAUGCUGGUCUGGACUGAAAGCACAACUUGAUGCAUAAAGUCUGUAAUAUGAUAUGAAUGUAAAAUGUCAAGGGGAAACAAUAAAAAAAAGUUAAUUAUUUUUUCCCUGUAUUUAGCUAUGAAGAAUGAUGUGCUGAGCAGUUACUCUGUGCAGAGUUACUCUGCUGAGCAGUUACUCUGCACAGAGCUGGUGCACUCAUGGAAGGGUUUAAUUAGCAGGGGAAGGAACCACUGCUGACCUUGUUUAUUAAGCCAGAAAUAAUUAACUCAAAAGGGUCAUAUUUUAAUUUCAAUGACUCCUGUGGUACAGAUUUCUGAAAUUAAUCCAUAGUACUUGAAAAUACCUCAAUUUUAUUGAUAUUUUUCCAAUUCUAUCCACUUCUACUUUAUUACAGAACACUUGCAAACCUCCACUCGUUCUGAACAGAUCACUGAAGGUGUUUGUGUGGCAGAGGGGCUGUUUUCAUUCCCAGCCUGAUCUGGCAGACCCUGCCCUGCUCACAAACACUGAGCUCGCACCCACUGCUGCAGGGUUUUAGUCUCCUGUCCUUUUUCCAUCCCACUUUGAGUGUUCCCUCUUC